AACAAUCACUGACUACACCACCAGGAAGUAAAGAGCACCUGACAUGUCAAAGGAAGCCUACAACUUUUCUGAAACUGUAUUCCACUUUACACUUAGUUACUUUUGUGAGUCAAUUGUGGCGGGUUCGGCGCGCAUGUCUUACCCUCUUCACUGUCAGUGAUAUCAUUUGUAUUUAAACCAACGUGUCGAUAUUGUCCUCAGCCCAAUGGCCAGCUCAUUUCCAAGUGUCCCGGAGCUGGCUGCAGAGGCUCGGCGUGUGUACGGCCAGGUUUUCGGGGAAGACGCUCCUCAGGUGGCGGUUUGUGCUCCUGGAAGAGUCAACCUGAUCGGGGAGCACACUGACUACAACCAGGGAUUCGUACUGCCAAUGGCGCUGCCUCUGGUGACUGUGGUCGUUGGGCGUCAAACCUCUGGCCAGGACGUUACCAUAGUAACGGCAACUGAGGAAGCAGACGAGCCUCGGAGGGUGGACUUCAGCCUACCCAGUGAUGGAUCACCGCUGUCUCCAGGGUUACCAAGCUGGGCAAACUAUGUGAAGGGCGUUAUACAGCAUUACAGGGCUCCUCCUGUCCCAGGUUUCAGGGCAGUGAUAGCCAGCAGUGUCCCCCUGGGAGGAGGUCUGUCCAGCUCUGCCUCUCUGGAGGUUGCUUUCUACACAUUCCUGCAGCAGCUCAAGCCAGAUGACGGAGACAAAGUGUCCAAAGCAGUGGCAUGUCAGCAGGCAGAACACACUCAUGCCGGUGUACCCUGUGGCAUUAUGGAUCAGUUUGUGUCCGUUCUCGGCAGGGAGGGGCAUGCUUUGCUCAUUGACUGCAGGUCCCUGGAGGCUACCCCUGUCCCUCUGGCAGAUCCAGGCCUGGUCAUUCUCAUCACCAACUCCAAUGUGAAACACUCUCUGUCCGGCAGUGAGUACCCCAUGAGACGCAGACAGUGUGAGGAGGCUGCCUCCAUCUUGGGGAAGGCCAGUCUCAGAGAUGCUACUAUGAAGGACCUGGAGGAAGCAAAGGCGCGACUGGAUGAUGUUACCUGUCGAAGAGCUCGUCAUGUGAUCGAGGAGAUAGACAGAACUGUCCGAGCUGCUGAAGCCCUGAAGAGAGGCGCCUACAAAGAGUUUGGCAAGCUAAUGGUGGAGAGCCACAACUCCCUCAGAGAUUUAUAUGAGGUGAGCUGCCGGGAGCUGGAUGAGCUGGUGUCUGCAGCCAUGGAGGUGGAGGGCGUGUUUGGCAGCAGGAUGACAGGCGGAGGUUUCGGCGGAUGCACUGUGACUUUGCUGCAGGCUCAUGCCAUCGACAGGACUAUACUCCACAUACAGGAGCGAUACAGCGGAACGCCGACUUUCUAUGUCACAACUCCUUCAGAGGGGGCUCGGACUCUCAGUCUGUCCUAACCUUUGUCACCACAUCUCUGCUGUAUGAACACAACACAUGCAUUCCUUUUGAUAGGCUUUACUUACUUAUUUCGAUUCUCGUUAUUAAAGUUAAAAUGAUAUGCUGUGAUGCAGACUGGAUCUGAUUUGAAAAUCAUUCUGUUACUGUUGAAAAGGUGCCUUAACAAUAAAACAUUGCCUUCUGUUAAAAUUUUUAUUACUAGAUUUUUUUUUAUGUCACGCUUUAUCAUCUGGAUUACAUGUAGCAACUGUUUUGUAUAAUUAAGACUUACACAACUGUGAAAAUACAGGCUAGAAUCAUAUCUAUAUUACCUCUAAUUUUUAUUGAAUAAAGUAUGUUCUUUAGAAAAUGUAAAAAAAAAAAAAAAGAAAAGAAUGUUAUUUUCCUUAAAGCUGCAUUAAUCGACAUGUUGUGACAUUGCUCUGUGUCUGCUGGAUGUGCAAUUAUUUGUAUACACAUGAGUCAUAACUGUAGUCAAGAAUGUGACUGUAUCCCAAGUUUAGAACACAUACUAAUCAUUAACAUACUUAACUGUUUUAUACUAACAGGAAAUAACAUUAUACACAAUAUCAGACAUCAGUCAAGCUGCAACUUGGAAUGUCACUGCCGGUUAAACAUCACAAAGAGAAAGCAAAAUGUCUCUUAGGAUUUAAUACUUUUCAAAGUGUCUGUAGAUGUUUCACCUCCAGCUAUUUAUUUAGACUUUUUCCAGCUGUGAGCAGUUGCUUCAUUCCCUCUGUGCAUUGCAUUGUGAGAGAAUAGUGUCCCUUGACAGCACACUCAAAAAAAUUCAUCAUAUUUAUUCUGCAUACUGUUUGAUUUGAGUAUACAGUUCUUUAUUCAGUUGCUCACACAAUUCUUGUGUGUAUGUAAAUGUAGUGAAUGUUUCAGUAUACAGGUGUUGUCUGUCACUGCUGGUGCUUUUUGAAAGCAACAACCUGGUAGUUUCGGCUCUAAAGCCAACAAAGCGAUAACCCACUUCUCUCUACAUCAGAACUAAUUAUUCUAAAUAAAAGCAGCCAACCAAUCUGUUCUUUUUUCAGACCAAA